GAUAAGACAGGUGUGGCUAGACACACAACGUAGCUUGUUUAUCAAGAAUUGCAAUAAAAGUUGCCUUUGACAGCAGUUGGAAACAUCAGCCGCGAGACUCUGUCCUAGGAAGGAUUGACGCAGACAUGGAAUCGACCGUGCUGAACCUGCACAACCAGUUCCAGAGUCUGCUUGCUCACUCCGAGAUUCUCAUUGAGGGCAUCGAACCACAGUUCAUCCAGAUGGCUCUGAACUUUGAGGACUGCAGGCGGAAGUGGCUCCAGUGUGAUGAGAAGCUUGGGGCAUGCAAGGAGGUGCUGACCAAAACGGAGACUGAGAGGGGGGCUCUGGAGGUCAAGCUGAAGCACGCACGCAACCAGGUGGAUGUGGAGAUCAGACGGCGCCAGCGGGUUGAGUCUGACUAUGAGAAACUGGAGCGUCAGAUCCAGCUGAUCCGGGAUCUGCUGGUGGCGGAUGGUUCCAGCAGCAGCCUCCACCUGAGCGAGGAGCAGCGCUCGGCCCUGGCCUUCCUCAACGCCCAUUCCCAGGCCGCACAGGCCGCCAAGAACAACACCGACCUCAACACCAGCCGCAGGUUAACCACCAUAGAUGAAUCUGCUUCCUUGUUGUCAGACAUUAGCUAUGACAAAACGGAUGAUUCUCUGGACUCCUCUGUGAUGAGGACGGUGCGACUGAGGAAGCGCCAGAAAAGGCGCUCUUCCAGAAACCUUGCCGAGCCACCCCAGCAGGUGGUGAAGAAACCCCGGUCCAGUGGCCGAACAUCGGAGAGGAUUAAUGACUCCAUAGUGACCAAAACCACCAUCACAGUGCCCAUCAAUGGAGGUCCUGUGGAGGCCGUGUCCACCAUCAAGACAGUGCCCGGCUACUGGAUACGCAGCAGGACUGAUCCUCAGGGCUGGGACAGUACCACUACUAUUGACCAAUCAGAGACGGCUAGCGAGGCACCCAGCACCCCAUGCAGUGAGGCUCCGCCCCCACUCAAAACACCCAGAGCCAAAGGCGGGGUCCGAAAGCACGAAUUCCUCGCCAAAACGGUUAUCAAGUCAGAGUUCUGCGUGCCCUGCGGAAGGAAGACCAAGUUUGGAAAGCUCUGCCUGAGGUGCCAGGACUGCAGGAUUGUGGCUCACCCCGAGUGCCGUGAUCGCUGCCCCCUGCCGUGCAACCCUGUCUCCACAGGCAGCACACCCGUCAGGACCAGAGAGCCAAGCACCCUUGCAGACUACGCUCCCUCCUCCUCUCCCAUGAUCCCAGCCCUAGUGGUCCACUGUGUCAAAGAGAUCGAACACAGGGGUUUAAAUGAGACGGGUCUGUACCGUGUGUCAGGCGAGGGGCGCAUAGUGAAGGAGCUGAAGGAGAGGUUCCUGCGGGGGAGGACGGUGCCGGCCCUGGCCAAGGUGGAUGACAUCCACUGUGUCACGGGCCUCCUCAAGGACUUCCUGAGGAACCUCCCUGAGCCCCUCCUCACCUUCCGCCUCAACCGCGCCUUCAUGGUGGCUGCAGAAAUUCAGGAUGAUGACAAUAGCCUGGCGCUGAUCUACCAGACCAUCAGUGAGCUGCCCCAACCCAACAGAGACACUCUGGCCUAUCUAGCCAUCCACCUGCAGAGGGUGGCCCAGUGUGUACUAGAUACCAAGAUGGACGUCACCAACUUGGCCAGAGUGUUCGGGCCCACCCUGGUAGGCCAUGCCGUCCCAGAACCAGACCCCAUGACCAUCCUGCAGGAUACCAACAGACAACCAAGGGUGAUGGAGCGCUUGUUGGACCUUCCUCAUGAGUACUGGAGCCAGUACACAGUAGAGCAGCAGGCCCACGCAGACAACAUGGUCAAGGGCAAUGCUAACUGCUACAACACUCCUGACCACAAAGUGAGCAUGCUGGGGCCAGUGACCACUCCAGAACACCAGAUGACCAAAACUCCCUCCUCCAGCUCCCUGUCCCAGCGAAUGAAGAAGACCCUGUCAAACACCACCAUAUUUGGAAGCAAGAGCAAGGCAUCUGCUAGCUCAAGUCGCCAAGGAGGCUUUUUUGCCUCCCCUCAGCUGAAGUAGUGGUCAAGCCAAAGUAUUUAGGGAAACGAUACAAUUUUCCUCCAUUUUCUAUACUCAUUUUCUAAAGAACCAAUAAUGCAGGAGAAAAUCUGUUGUUAACUUUAGCUACUGUAUAUAAGUGGCAGGUAGCCUAGCGGUUAAGAGCGUAGGGCCAGUAACUGAAAGGUUGCUGGUUCGAAUCCACGCGUCAACUAGGUGAAACAUCUGUC